AUGCCCCUUUCUUUAUGCCUGCCCACAUCACUGGUGACCUCUGCCCAACCAAACCACAUUUAUUGGCAGGAAGAAGACAAACUCCAGACCUCGUUUGCAUGGGACGCUAAAAGUGAGCAUGGUUCUUUCAGAGCUGUAGGGCUCCUUUCAAGAACUUGGAAGCAACUGAGAGAUAUGUCUUCUCUACAGCGUUGUUGGGUUUGGAGUUCAGCUUUUAUGCAUAACUUUGUUUUGGGGUCAGGACAGAUAGUGCUGGGACCUGUCUUUGCAGAAGGUGACAUCCGUCCUCCUUCAAACUCCACUCAAAUCACAAUCCAGUGUGUCUCCUGUUCCUGCAGAGUGCCUUCUUGUCUUCACCAACAUCUGAGGAUUAAGCUGUUUUGCCAAGAUGUUCAGCUCUUCCUGCUCUGGCCACCUACGCUCCCCAGUCAUGACUGGAAACCAGUGCAGUUAGGUUUCUGUGCAUGCCUUCAUAAAACAAGAUGGUGCCAUCAUUACAAUUAUAGAUGGGGUGGGCGUACAGCCCUUUUCCUUCCCAUCAGCCAUCAUCAAAAUUCUUCACCGUGUAACCACUACCGUGGUGAUCGGCUGUCCCACAGGUGCUCCUCCUAUUUCAGGUAUUGUCUGAUUGUGCACUACACCCAAGGAUUAUGCAUUUCUUCCCUCCAUGUCAAGCAAGGUCCUUUGGUCAGGCUUGGUCUGGAUGUGCAGGUGGAACCCAUCAUAUUACAUCUUUACAGUGCCCGUUCCAGAUUACUCAGCAUCCGUCAUAGGACCAUCAGUCUAUUCUGGAACGUCUCCUUGGCCAACUCCCAACAAAAGACCUACAGCCUGGUGGAUGCUCACAGCAGAUGGAUCUGGUCUACCAUAUACAAUCCAUAUGCAUUACAGAACAACUACUCUGUUGCUCCUACUCCACCAUCUUCCAGGAACAAAGUUGUGGCUAGUCUCUCUUUGGUUCUCGAAGAAGCAGAAUCUGGAGAUUUGAGUGGGACAUUAGAUUUCUCAGGUGUCAUUUUAGGUCUAAGGUUCAGGAAUCAGCCUCUGGCUUAUCUUACUCUCAACCCAUGGAAAAUCAAGGCAGGCAACUAUUUUUUUAGCUGUGCACAGGGGUUCUCCUAUGUUAUCAAUGGCUCCCCUAAUGACUUACACAUCCCUUCCAGCAUUCACUACCUUUUCUACCAACAGCAAAGUCUCUCUUACCUGAUCACCAUUGAAUUUGUCCACCGGUCCUGGUACAGGCUCAGCGUCCAUCUGUAUCUUAACAGAAAAGCAGUUCCUUUGAAGUCUUACUCGGAGAAAGACAUAGAAAUUCACAUUUUCAACAGUGGCCCUUCGUUUGUGCCAAGUUCGGUCUACAUUGCUUGGUUUAUUCCUCUGCAGCAUCCGCUGCUACAGCACAAGUGGAUCUUCAACCUACAGUGUUUCGAUGCAGAGAAGGAAGACCUUCUGUGGAAUGAUACUUACAGUUACAGAGAUCGUGUCCAGAGCGCUGCCCGUUUUAUACCUCACUCUUAUCUUCCUUUUAACCCUGCCUUAUAUGCAGGCUUCGUAGCACAAGUCAACUGCACACGAAUUGGCCAAAUGCUUAUUAUUUUAAAAACCACAGUCAGUACUUACAUCUCAAAGGUCCUGAAGUCUACCGUUGAUUGCCUUCAAAGAUGGUGUUUCCUUCAAAGAGUAAAAAUCCAGGAAUCUGAUCGUACUAAUCCUGUUUUAAAUUAUAGUAAAAAGGCCCCAUUUAUUCUUUCAGCUGAUACAGAGGUGAAUUGUCCAGAACCUAGGCAAAUGCAUAUAACCUGGAAAAUCUAUAAAGUUCCAGAUCUGAAGACUGGUCCAGACUGGUCAAAACCCUUGAGCCCACCUGGAGUUAGGAGAGAAGAUCUUUUAAUCUUAAAAAUUCCUGCUGCUAGCCUAGGUGAAGGCUUGUAUUUAUUCAAUUUGACCAUAACAUUAAUCACAAGGGACACUUUAGAGAAAGUAGAAGACUCUGAUUCAGUGUUCAUCAGGAUUAGACCCAACAGACUUUUGGCAGACAUUGCUGGAGGUGAUAUGCAGACAGUUGGCUUUUCUGACCGGUGGAUUCUGAACGGUUCUGCUUCUGUUGAUCCUGACGCCCCCCAACCCUUUGAAGGCCUCACCUUCACUUGGUACUGCUCCAGACAAAAAGCAGACUAUAUUUCCAUGACUUUGAGCAAGAGUGGGAAGUGUCGUCCCGAUCAGGCAGAUCUGAAAUGGACAGCUUCUUCAGAUCCGGUGCAAACAGUUCUACCUAGAACACUUCAAAAAAAUGCCACGUACUAUUUUCUUCUGGUGGUUCAUAAAGGAAGAAGACAAGCUCAGGUUGAACAAAGGGUGCGUGUGCAGCCUGAUGCUCGGCUGGCUCUGAAUGUCACAUGCAUUGAAAACUGUGGAAGGUCACUGAUACCAACAGAAAGAUUUUGCCUUUCCAGCAAAUGCCUAAACUGCAAAAGCUUUAAUAGGCCUCGGUAUCGCUGGUCGCUUUUUUCAGGAAGCUCCUCUGAGCUCCAGUUCAACUGGGCCUCCAGAACUUCAACAGGGAGAACUAAUCCACACAUCUGUCUGAAACCACUGAGUUUGAUGCAUAUGGCAGAACCCUCCUAUAGACUUACAUUAAAAGUAAGCCUGGAGGGGUAUGAGUCAUCGCUCUAUAACUAUUCAUUUGCUGUAAAUUUACCUCCGGCGCCUGGAAAGUGUAGCCUUGAACCUCCCCUAGGAAUAGCUUUUCUAACAAAAUUCACUGUUCACUGUAGUGGAUUUACAGACGAACAUUUGCCUCUUACAUAUAAGGUCAAAGUGGCAUUAGAUGCAACGAAAAUCCCUGCUAGAGAAAACAAUACCUUGGGCAGCAUUGCGUAUUUUGGUGACCAGUCCAAAAGUCCACCCUUUUUUUUACCCGUUGGUGCACCCUCUAAGCAGUAUCUUUUGACCAUAUAUGUCGAAGUAUAUGAUGUACUUGGUGCAUAUUCCCAAAUAACUUUACCAGCAACAGUGCACGGCCCAUUGAAAGGCAAGGAACCAGAGGCUGUGCUAAAGGAAUUGCAUAGUUUAACCAGGGGAACAUCAGCUCCAAUAACAUAUUUUCUCAACAGUGGAAAUUAUUUUAGCGCGGGUUAUUUUGUCAGCAUGGUGGCGUCUGCUUUAAACGAUCUAGAAGCACUUCCAAGACUUCGUUCCUCUAAGGCCGAACUGCGUGAAACUCUUUUAAAUCAUUCUGCUGGAAUCCCAACGACAAAUAUCAUGGAGGCAAAUCAAAUUAUCUCAAGCGUUUUGCAGAUAACACAAGAAAUCAGGGAAGUCAAUAGGAAAUCACAGCUUCUUGUGGUCCGAAAGCUUAAGGAAGUGACUGAUGGGCUGAGAAGAUGUAACAAAGAAAAUGGAAGAUCUAAGGAAAUAGAUGUUCUUGGAACCGCUAUUCUUGCUGGGUUAUCCAAUGUCCUGAAAGCUUCUCUGUUACAAAACCCACACAGCCACAGAAACGUGGCUGAGGAAACCAUCUGUGUCACGGAAAUUUUAGCAGACCUCCUCUUACAAGGCAAAGUUCCAGGAGAAAACGAAACCACCAUAGAAGCUGACGACUGGACCAUCACAUUAAGGAAAGAGGAAAAGCGCGAUAUUCUGGACACUUUUGCGAAGAGAAGAGACUGCCAAAACUGUUUCUAUCCCAAAAUGCAGCAGGUGGAAUACGACCAGUUGCCCGAUGACGCAGUGAUUUCUACUGUACUUUAUGACUUUGACAAGAAUCCCUUUUCCUGGUUGCCAUCUUCAGAUGGCAUUAGCACAAGGGUGGCAGGGUUCAAGAUGGCAGGAACUAAAUCUAACGGUGACAUGAUGGAAGUUGUGCCUGAUGUGGUUGAAAUGAUCCUGACCAGAAAUGAGGAGAAGACAGCUGUAUUUGAGAUGAUGGUGGAGCGCAGUCAAACCUUCCUUGAAGCAUCUGGAGGAUUUAGCUUUGAAGUCUGUAGGAACUCCAAAGACAUCUUAAUCCAGAUUGUGACAAAACUAAAGAUCACUUUCCAGGUGUUUAUAUAUGUGGGUCUCAAGCUUAGUCAUCCUCCUGUAGCUAUUUUUAAUGUUUCCCAUAAUAAGCCAGUGACAUCAACGACUAAGAAUUCCACAGGUGACGAUUGUGCAUUUCAGACGCCUUACGUUUUUUGCCUUUCUCGGAUGUUACUCAAAUCCAUAUUCCAAGGCAGCAGAGCCGAAAAACGAAACAUCUCUGUUGUUUUCCAGUCUGACCACUUUCUAAAGGACCACGAACCACAGCGACUUGGCCUCACACUGUUCACAGCUGACUGCAUGUAUCUGGAUGAUGUCCAAACACUUUGGAGAGAAGAUAAGUGUCAUCUCGGACCUCGGACUACCUGGCGAAAGCUACACUGUGUCUGUGCAGGCAAAACACGCAUUUCGAGGACCGCUGACCCACCGACGGGAAGAACCUCCAUAGGAGACAUCACAUUUUUGGCAGGGAAGGUGACUGUCUACCCUGAUCCAGUAGAGAUGAGGAAGAUCCAGUUGGCCCAAAUCCAGAAAAAUCCAGUGACAAUAUUGACUGUGCUUUUCAUUUUUCUCACCUAUAUCAUGUUGGCUGUUUGGGCAAUGAGAAAAGAUAAGGCUGAUGUGGAAAGCAGAGCCCACACCAUUGUCUUGCCGGAUAAUGACCCCUUUGAUAAGGUUUGCUACUUGGUCACCAUCUAUACAGGCAGCCGCUGUGGGGCAGGAACAACAGCCAACGUUUUCAUCCAGCUGAUAGGGGAGCAAGCGGUCAGCGACGUCCAUUGUUUGAGCCACCCUGAACAUGUGCUUUUCCUCCGUGGGGCCAUCAAUACCUUUCUCCUGACUACUAAGAAUGACCUGGGAGAUAUUUAUUGCUUUCAAGCUUGGCACGAUAAUGCAGGUUCUUCCCCUAACUGGUUCCUGAGUAGAAUCAAAGUGGAAAACAUGUACACCAAACAGUCUUGGAUGUUCAUAUGCCGAAAAUGGUUUGCUCUGGAUAAGGACAAUGGUCUAAUCGAGAGGGCAUUCAUUGUGGUUCAGCCAAUGGCCCCUUUAAACAAAGUGGAUUUCUUUCUGAUCAGCUUCGCCAAAGACCUGGCAGACAAUCACUUAUGGUUCUCCAUUUUUGCCCGCGUGUGCACUGGGUCUUUCAACAGGCUUCAAAGACUGUCUUGCUGCUUAGCCAUCGUUUUCUGCAUCCUGCUGAUCAACAUGAUGUUCUUCAAGGCUGACCUGGAUCAGCAGAUGUUUUGGCGACAACUGCAGUAUCUGAGGCUUCUAAUAAUUGGGAUUCAGAGCGCUUUCAUUUCUGUCCCUUUGCAGAUGAUCGUAACAGCUUUGUUCAAAUAUUCUCAGAAGGAGCCUUCUGCCCAGAAGGUCACUGAAACUCAGCAAAAAGAAUGUUCUACUUUAAUGGCUGGAAAUCUGAGGAACUGGAAAGAACUCUUGCAGAAAUGUUACCUGCUAGAAACUGCUUCAAAAUCCCCAGGGCCUGGUUUCCCAGAGGGCAGCUUUUUGGGUGCCUCUGAUCCCCAAAACCUAGAAAAACAGAAGCAUAUAAGGGGGCGGCAGAGAGCAAAAACCCGUCACAAUUGCACAAUUCCAGAGGGGGACGCCAAUGUAAUUUCAACAGAGGAGGACGCCUCGCAAGAUGGCCACGCCAACAUCAAUUUUAGCAAUAAUUACGUGGAGAAGGAGGCAGCCCACCCAACGAGGCCGGUCAAUAUUCCCAGCAUGCUUUUCUUCAAGAGGCCACAGGUCAUAUCUUGGUGGAACAGGUAUGCUUCCUGGAUGCUGGUCCUGGUUAUUUCUACCGCGUCCUCUUUUUGCAUCAUGUUGUAUGGCCCGUCUCAGGACUAUGAAACAUCUUUGGAGUGGCUGGCGGCCUCUGCCAUCUCGGUGCUUGUGAGCGUGUUCUUCCUUCAGACGCUGAACAUCCUUUUUUUUUCUGCCCUGAAAUUGCUUCAUCCCAAUUCCUGUGAAAGCCUUCCGUGGUCAAGCAAAGAAGCCUUCCUAGAGAUUAAACUGAACGACGCCGGCCUGAAUGCUGAUGACAUGCGGGAACUCCAUUACGAUCUUGUAAGAAUGAGAGGCACCAAGCGGUACCAGCCUUUGGAAGAAGACGAAAUCACCAUUUUUAAGAAAAGAGAGAAGAUCCGACACCAGGCCUUUGUUUUCCUAAAGGACGUCAUAUGCCACUUUGUCUUCUUGCUGCUUAUUUUGAACAUCGCCUACUCAAUGGAGAACACCACAAGCUUUUACUACAACCAAGAUAUGAACAUGAAAUUGUCCGACGGGCUUUCCAAGAUCAGUAAAGUAGAUGAGAUUUAUCUCUGGCUGACGGAGGUCUUUGUCCCGUUGAUUCACAACGACCUGAAGCCCACCUUUCUCCCAGAGACCUGGUCCAAAAUCCUGGGCUUGCCCAAAAUGCGGCAGAUCAGAGCCAGGAAUUCUAAGAAAGAAUGCUUCUAUCCGCACAGUUUCAUAAAUAAAUUUGUGAUUAGUAAAAGCCAUUGCCUCCACAGAUACGGUUUUGACGAAGAAGAUCACAGGAACUACCUUGGGUCUUGGAAAAACCCAGUUAAUAAAUCCACGGCUAAUGGUCUCGGCAAUUUCACAGGAUUCACCUACCACACGAUCACGGAUCCCUGGAGGUACAAUUCCUACGGAGAGCGAAACGUGUACGAAGCAGGGGGAUACACUUUCCAUUUUUAUCCAGAUGAGCCGCUCUCCGAAUCUAUGAAAAGAAUGGAGACGUUGGAAGGAAACAACUGGCUUGAUGAAAAUACCUGGGCGCUAAUAGUCGAGAUGACCACCUUUAAUCCCGAUGUAGACUUAUUUUGCAGCGUAUCCGUCGUCUUUGAAAUUUCUCAUUUAGGCCCUAUCAACACAUCCUUGUGGAUCCACUCCUAUAAACUCCCCAUUUUCAAGCAGCUGAACCAAAAGGAGAAGUUUGUUUUCAUAAUGGUGGGCUACAUGCUGGUCUUUUAUAUCAUCGACGAGUUUUGCGUAGUGGAGCAACAGAGACUGAACUACCUGAAGAACGUUUCCAAUCUGAUUAAUUUUGGAAUAAAGGCUGUGUGUUUUUUUUUCCUCCUGCAACUUGCAUUCAAGUUUAAACUGGCUUCCAGCCUCGUUGACCUCUAUCUCCAUCACCCAGACGAAUUCAUCCCGUUCCACAAAGUUUCCCACGUCGAUAAAACCUUGCGGAUCACGCUGGGGUUUUUAGCCUUUCUGAUCGUCCUGAAAACUCUUAGGUAUUCCCGCUUCUUCUACGACGUGCGCCUGGCCCAGAGGUCCAUUUUAGCUGCGCUGCCUGGCAUCUGCUCUAUGGCCUUAGUGGUGGCCGUGUACUUCUUUGUCUAUAUGGCGUUUGGCUACCUUGUCUUCGGCCAGUACGAGUGGAAUUACAACAUGAUGACCCAUUCGGCUCAGACCGUCUUCUCCUACUGCGUUUCAGCCUUUAAGGACACGGCUUUCAGGUCCAACAGAGCGCUGGGCGGGCUCUUCUUGGCCUCCUUCAUGAUGGUGAUGAUCUGCGUUUUGAUCAAUUUAUUCCAAGCCGUGAUUAUGUCAGCCUACGAGGACAUGAAGCAGCCCGUUUACGAAGAGCCUUCCGACGAAGCAGAGGUGGUCAAUUUUCUAUUCCAUAAAAUCCGCCGCGUGUGGUCCUUCAUUACCUGCAGGCCAAUAUCAACGGCCGAUACGGAGCUUUUUAAUCGGGUCCUCUUUGGGCUCCCUGAACGCAGAAACACGCACCACCUCGGACUCAAGGCCAGGAAAAUAAAUGGGCGGAAAAUGGUUUAUCUUGUCAUCUGA